CGCAGGUUUCUGUGAGGAAAAAUGGGUCGGCUUCGAUUUGUCAGAGCUCUUCUUGUUUCGGUACUUCUGGUCUUCUCUUUCUCUCAAGGAUUUGGUCGGAAGGCAAUGGAGACUGAUGUUGAAUAUGAACAGGUGACUGCUCAAAUCGAGGAAGUUCCAGGAGUAUUACCAAGGGAGAUGACUGAAUUGAUGGAUUAUUCAGAAACAGGACCAAACACGAACCCCAGAACCGGGUAUAUAUUUACUCCUCCCCCGCAAGGCUAAUUGAGAUAUGUUACCAAUCCAAACUCAAAAUAAGAUGUUCUUAUUAUGUUCCUUUAAUUGCUUAACUCUCUUCUAUUAAUUUAAUUUCCUUUUAAGUUAGACAGGUUGGAGGAUAUAUAAGACUUGAGUAUAUAUGUUGAUUGGUGUUCUUAGUUUGCUUGGUUAGCUGUAAUUUGUGAAUU